GAGACAUAUUCCAAGCUCAACUGAACCAGAGCUGCCAUAUACACCCGCAAAUCCCUUCAUCUCGUACGAACUAAAACAUCAUUGGGGUGGUCACUCAGAGUUCAUGGGGCCUCCAUCCCCCUCUGUUGAUGCAGCUUGGAAAGACUUGCUUCUCGGUCUGAACGUCCGCGGAACCAAGGAAGAAUUGAUCAGAGGCGGCGAGAAUUUCACAAAUAUCGCUCAACUUACUGAUGGAGAUUAUGUUAUUGUCCCACUUGUGUACCAUCAAAUUCAUUGCCUGGAUACCUUCCGAAGGAUGCAGUACAUCGAUUAUUACCGUGGAAUCGCAGGCCCGGACGAUGAUCUUAGCAUUCCUGAAGGUCACUUUGACCAUUGCCUUGAGAACCUGAGAAAGCAGGUCAUGUGCCAUGCGGACUUGAGCAUGUUGACGGGCGAAUGGGUUAAACCAUCUACUGAGAAAGAUCAUAUUGAACUGCGGACUAUGUCAAAGUCCAAGUGCGUAAAGUGGGAACCAAUUGAAUCUUGGGCACGAUCAAGAUCACUUGAUCGGGGCAAAUACAGCAUUCUCGCAGGUCCUUUUGGAGCAUGAGACUCAUGCCAUGAGUCCAUCAUGGUGAGUUCUGAAGCAGAGAUGUAAAGCGAGGGUGAAAAGGGUCUGAUUGGCGUAUCUUUGAUGGAUUGGUUUAGGUUAGCGUUCCGAGAAGGCUCUGGACAUAGUAUAGCGAGACAUUGUUUUCAUUUGUCUGUCAUUAUGUCGCCACAAUGAUGAAGAUGAAGAGAUUGCUGUGAAGUCUCGCAAAGCGACUGUUUGGUCUAUGAAAAUCAAACAAUACCGAUCACAAUCAGUGGC